GUAACGGGGAACUCAAAUUGUCUCUCGAUUGUACUCACAAUUAGUCAGAUACACAGUCCCAAGCGCCCGGAAAAGACAAAACUCCGCUUGCAGACUCCCGAGUCUGAGAGUGCACUCCGGACCUAUCCCCUGCCCUAUGGACCUGGCCGUUCCUCGCGCCCGGCGUGAACCAGCCGGAGUUUGUGCAAGUGCCAGCCAGAGACUGUGGCACAGCGCAACCAUGGCUACAUGUAGUCUGGAUUUCUGUGGGGGGCUCUCCUGAGCAGUUCUCAGCAGAGAUCUGGGCUACCCUACCUAACAGUUCUACCUAACAGUUUGAGCAUCUCAUACAUCCAUUCGCGCCAAGCGUUUGUUGUCACCGACGCUGUUCCUGUCCCGGCAGACCCCCCCAGAGAACGGCACGCAAUCGUAAACAUGGGCAGCGUGCAGGUGGAAGAAGACUACGGCAAUCUGGACCGCUACCAGGACGUGCUGGGCCAGCUACCGAUGCUACAGGUCUAUUCGCACGUGCUGUACUUCUUCGCGAUGCCCGAGGGCGUCACGGCGCAGGACGUGGUCCGCGACCUCGAGGUCGCCGUCACCAAGGUCAGGCGCCAGGUGCCGUGGAUGGGCGCGCGCAUCGUCAACGAAGGCAAGGGGCCCGGCAGCUCGGGGCUCUACCGCCCGGUGGCCUGCGCGCCGCCGCAGCCCGCCAUCGACGUCAAGUUCAUCCCGGACGACGCCGGCCACCCGUCCUACGCUGAGCUGCGCACGCACAAGGCGCCACAGUCCAUGAUCCAGACGGAGCUGCUGACGCCGGUGCCGGCGUUCCCACAGAAGUUCGACGACUCGGACGAGAGCCCAGCGCACGUGGUCCGCGUGCAGGCCAGCUUCAUCCGCGGCGGCGUCAUCGUCGACUUCGCCAUCGCGCACAACAUCGCCGACGCCGGCGGGCACUUUGGGCUCGUCAAGCUGGUCGCGGCGGCGAUGCGCGGCGAGGCCAUCGCGCCCGAACUGCUCGCCCUCGCCAACCACGACCGCCGCGGCCUGCCCAGGCUGCUCGGCCCCGACGAGCCGCUGCUCGACCACAGCCGCCACAAGCGCUCCUCCCUGCUCCCUCCGCCGGCGCCAAAUCCGUCUCCCGAGCCGGCGCGCUACCACGUCUUCCGCUUCUCGCCGCAGAGCAUGGCGCGGCUGAAAGUCCUCGCAAGCCAGCCCGAGCCCACCUCCCCCUCUGACACAGCACCCGCACUCGUACCCGCACCCGCACCCGUACCCGCACACGCACACGCACACGCACAUGCAACCGCACACGCACCCGCCCCAGCCUUCAUCUCAACCGACGACGCGCUGUGCGCCUUCAUCUGGAAGCGGCUCAUCAGCGUGCGGCAGGGCCGCCACCCCCCCACAACGCGCUCGCGGUUCGGGCGGCAGAUGGACGGGCGGCGGCUGGUCGGGCUGGGGCCCGACUACAUGGGCGAGAUGGCGCACAACGCCGAGUGCGUGCUCUCGUUCGGCGAGCUCGCGACGCUCCCGGUCGGCGCCAUCGCGGGCCGCCUGCGCGCGGCGCUCAACGCCGCCAACACGCUGCACCACCUGCGCAGCUUCGCGACAUUUGUGGCGCGCGAGGAGGAUAAAGCGGCCAUCACGUACGCGGGCGAGUUCAGGGGCGAGACGGACGUCGGGUGCUCGAGCAUUCGCGCGCUGCGGGGCGUGUUUCCGGGGUUUGGGAGGCUGGGCACGCCGGAGUUCGUGCGCCGCCCGCCUAGCGUGCCGUUUGCGAGCACGGUGGUGUUGUUUCCGGGGUCGGAGGCGGGUGAUUGCGAUGCCGUUGCGUGUCUGACGGAUAGGGAUUUUGCGGUGUUGAGGGGGGACGUGGAGUGGAAUGAGUUUGUCGAGUAUAUUGGCUGAUCAUUGACGGGGGUGGUUGGGUGGUGGUUUUUGUAGGUAAUUAAGCUGAACUGAGGGGAGCUUUUUUCUUCUCAUUUGCAAUCAAAGUUUCUUGAAUAGGGCUUGGUCGAUCAGAUGAAUCUAAAAGACGGAGAAAUCCCGGAGACUCUAACAAGGAAAGAACGGCUUUCGAGCGUAGCGAGCAGCCCGCCGCAGGCGCCC